GGCGGACAGAUGGAUUUACAUGGCAACAAGCGGGGUUUAAGUUCCCUAAGUAUGUCUGUGAAUCGGAAAAUGUUCCAAGGGUUUGACCACGAGACGUUCUACACGGACGACGGCCUCUCCUCCGUAGCCGACCCGGAACAGCACCGCCGCGGCUGUUACACACAGUACCGGGACAUGAAAGCGCGAUGGAUCCGGCGGAGCUGCUGGGGAUACUCCCAAAUUGCAGCUUCGGAAACUUCUGCUUCAAGAAAUACCUGGCGAUCAUCCACCCCAAAACGGAGGAGUCUCUGUUCGGGGAUUUGGAGCAGAGGCGGAAAGUUCUGGCCGGGAACAACCCGAGGAGCCAGUUCUACGGCGAGUUCCUGGAGCUGGCCAAGGCGGUGUGGAUGCUUCAUCUGCUGGCGUUCUCUAUGGAGCCGCCGCGGCCGUGCCAGUUCGAGGCGAGUGAGGGAUCGGAAUUUCGCCCGGAGUACAUGGAAAGCGUGGGGAAGUAUUCGGCCGAAGGCGGAUUUUGUAUGGGGCUUGUGGUUGGGUUUCCGUUAAGUCCGGGGUUUAAGCUCGCGAAUGGCAGUGUUGUUAAGGCUAGAGUUUAUAUGUAGGGCUGGAAAAAAAAAGAGGGUGGGCUGUUAAAACAAGGCAUUUCAAUAUGGUGAUAACUGUGAAAAUAAGGCUCCUCAAGAUGGUGAAAAGUGUGAAAAACAAGGCUCUUCGAGAUGGUGAAAACUGCUAAAACAAGGCUCUUCAGGUGGUGAAAAGUGUGAAAACAAGGCUCUUCAAGAUGGUGAAAAGUGUGAAACAAGGCUCUUCAAGAUGGGGAAGGCAAAUGAAACAUUUCGAAUACCUCUUCCUAACAAGAACUAAAACAAAUUACAAAGCCUAUG